GCGCUGGCCUGAGCGCUUCUGGAGGGGCCGUGCGGUCUCCACCAGCGGCCGCAGGACCGCGGAGCAGCUCUAGCUCGCCCUCCUGCCCUCGCGCUCUACACGAGAUCUCCGCCGUGUGCCAGGGCGCAGCGCGUGGAGCGCCUGCCUCGCUUGGUCCUCUCUAGCGUCACCAUGCUGCCGCCGCAGCUGUACUGGCUGCCUCUGCUCGCCGCGCUGCUGCCGCCUGUGCCCGCGCAGAAGUUCUCGGCGCUCACGUUCUUGAGAGUUGACCAAGACAAAGACAGAGACUGCAGCCUGGACUGCCCCAGCUCCUCCCAAAAGCCCCUCUGUGCCUCCGACGGGAGGACCUUCCUGUCUCGAUGUGAGUUCCAGCGGGCCAAGUGCAAAGAUCCGCAGCUGGAGAUCGCCCACCGUGGGAACUGCAAAGAUGUGUCCAGGUGUGUGGCCGAGAGGAAGUAUACCCAGGAGCAGGCCCGGAAGGAGUUCCAACAAGUGUUCAUCCCAGAAUGCAAUGAUGAUGGUACCUACAGUCAGGUCCAGUGUCACAGCUACACGGGUUACUGUUGGUGCGUGACGCCAAACGGGAGGCCCAUCAGUGGCACCGCUGUGGCCCACAAGACGCCCAGGUGCCCUGGGUCAAUAAAUGAGAAGUUGCCCCAGCGGGAAGGCGCAGGAAAAGCAGUCUCCUUGCAAAUCUUUUCCGUUCUGAAUUCAGAUGAUGCUGCAGCCCCAGCAUUGGAGACUCAGCCCCAAGGAGAUGAAGAAGAUAUUGCAUCCCGUUAUCCCACGCUCUGGACCGAGCAAGUUAAAAGUCGCCAGAACAAGACCAAUAAAAACUCAGCCUCCUCCUGUGACCAGGAGCACCAGUCAGCUCUGGAGGAAGCCAAGCAGCCCAAGAAUGACAACGUCGUGAUCCCCGAGUGUGCCCAUGGUGGCCUCUACAAGCCAGUGCAGUGCCACCCGUCCACCGGUUACUGCUGGUGUGUGCUGGUGGACACUGGGCGGCCCAUUCCUGGGACCUCCACAAGGUAUGAGCAGCCCAAGUGUGACAACACAGCCAGAGCUCACCCAGCCAAGGCCCGCGACCUGUACAAGAAUCGGCCACUGCAGGGUUGUCCUGGUGCCAAAAAGCAUGAGUUUCUGACAAGCGUCCUGGAUGCACUCUCCACAGACAUGGUUCAUGCUGUCUCCGACCCCUCCUCUUCCUCUGGCAGGCUGCCGGAGCCAGACCCCAGCCACACCCUGGAAGAGAGGGUUGUGCACUGGUACUUCAAGCUGCUUGACAAGAACGCCAGUGGAGACAUCGGCAAGAAGGAAAUCAAGCCCUUUAAGAGGUUCCUGCGGAAAAAGUCCAAGCCCAAGAAGUGUGUGAAGAAGUUCGUGGAGUACUGUGACGCGGACAAUGACAAGUCCAUUACCGUGCAGGAGCUGAUGGGUUGCUUGGGUGUCACCCGAGAGGAGGGGAAAGCCAGCACCAGGAAGCGCCACACCCCCAGAGGAAACACUGAAAGUACAGCCAAUAGACAGCCCAGGAAACAAGGAUGAACGACUGACUGUUCAAGGAAGUUCCUAGACAUGUGGGAAUCCCUCACCAAAGAGCUAUUAAAAACGAAAAAACGUAUAGUAUUUGCACUUUGUACUUUAAAUGUAAAUUCACUUUGUAGAAAUGAGAUAUUUAAACAGACUGUUUUGAUCUGUGAAAAUGGAAGGCUGGCUUCGGGAAAUUAAUCACAUACAAUGUAUGUGUCCUUGUUUGACCUUAAAGAUCUGUGCUGAUGGGGAUGGGUUUUGAAUGCAUUUCCAUUUCAUUUCCUUGUCCUUUUGUGGAGGGCCUGGUUUGUACCCUUGCCCUUUUCUCUGCCUGCAAUCUCUGUUGGCUGGCUCCCAGCGUUCCUGAUGCAAGCCAGAGGACUAUCACUUCCUUAGAGGCUUACAGGGUCGUGCAGUUUACAUGCAUGGUCACCUGGUCUACGGUUGCCUGUUCCGUGAGGUUUUGCUGUCUAGAGAUGCCACUCGAUACCGUGGGUCACACAGGCACCAGCUCGAGCAUAGCCUUAACCUCUAGUAGCCCCUGGCUGAGGUUCUGCUGCCAGACUGUCAUAUUCUGGUCUGAGCUUCUGCUUUAGUUUUGUCCCUGUUUGAGCCAAUCCUGCUGUUCAAUCUCCAAGGGGCUGAGAGGGCCAACUCCGGAGAGUCCUCCUUCAGAGAACAAACCUAACCCUGGCAGACUGACUCUAUCCCGCCGGCUCAGUACCCAGUCCACCUGCCUCUCUUCUAAGUGGCUGUUGCCCUUCCUGCUGUGGCCCUUCUCAGGAUCCCUGGAAGGGAACCAUGUCUUCUGCGGAGACCAGGGGCCACAUCUUGAGGAAGAAGCAGCUAGAAUGCAUCAUCCCAAGAGUACUGAACAGCAGGCAGCUAAGAACUUCACUCUCACUCUCUGGAGGCCUCCAGGAUAGUAGGGAAUUCAUCCAAGGCCCUUAUGGGAUGAAGGUUAGGAACCGGAUGCCCAUGCUGGGGGAAGCUGGCCUGAUCUGUUUGUAUGGUUGGCUGCCAUCCUCAGACCUAGAAUCUGGUCUCGAGAAACAACUGCAGAUCCGGGAGAGCUGGGGCAAUUCUCUCAGAUCAGGUUUUAAUGGAAAGACUCCCAUGGCCCCCAGCCUCUCCGUAUAUGCCUGUGGGUGUACGUAAACACUCUAAGGCCUUUGCUCAUUGGAACUGUCUAGAGGUAAGAACUGACUGGCUCACGUGCAUGCCAACAUUGUCUACAAAAAACGUAUGAUCUCAACUGUUUUGGAUAAUCUUUUAUAUUUCUGAACCCUGAAUUUAAUCAUUUUUAUUACAUUAAAUAUGCUAUUAAAACCGUA